UGCGGCAGCGGGGCCAUGGCCGGGGCCGGGAGCGCAGCGCGGAGGCUUUUCCAGCCCUGCAGCCCGCGGGGCAGCGCGGAGGCACCACAAAAGCAUCUGUCCCCUCUGGGAAAAGAGAGAGAAGCAGCUAAAGCCGAGGAGGAGCGACAAAGUGAGGAGCUGCUGAAACAGACGGCAGGCGAGAGGCAGAAGAUCGUCUGGGAGUGGCAGGAGCUGCGAGUGUGUCUGGAGGAGCAGGAACAGCGUCUGCUGGCCCGGCUGGAAGAGCUAGAGAGAGCCAUUGUCCAGAGAAGGGAUGAGGGCGUCUGCAGCCUGUCGUGGGAGAUUUCCCUGCUCAGCGAGAGGGGAGGGGAGGAGAGAAGGGGCAGCAGCCGCUGA